AUGGUGCUCGGUGUUAUUUCGGGGAUGUUUAUAAACACUGAUACUCGUCUGAAUAAAGAGGUAGACAUCUUUCCACCAUCAAUGUUCCAAAAGUCUUUCAUACCGCGUUUUCUACGCGUUUGGAAAUCUGAAAAGUUGCAAAAAGAAAAACCUAGUGCGCUGAAGAGGCCAACGAG